CAGGUGGAGGGGCCUUGGUGCAGGUUUUUUUUUCGGGCACAAUGUGAAGCCCCUGGCCUGCCCAUCCCCUCCCAGGCAUGAUCUUCUCAGGCAGCCGGUCCCUGACCAGCCUCUGGGACAGUUCCCCAAACUGGGAAAUAGUUCUCUGAGUGAGAGGAGGGGAGGAGCUUAGGGGGGCCGUGCUUGCCAGGCUGGGAAGCAGGCUUUCCCUGUGACUAGUCUGGUUGGCUAGGCUGGGCAGCCCCUGGGCGGGCAAGAGAGGGAUACACCCUGGCCAGAGAGGGAGUCAGCGGGAGAAAGAGGGGUGCCUGUACUCAAGCCCCGGAGGACAGUGGACAGGGCAGGGGACGCAGGUGCAGCUCUACCAGGAAACAGCCCAUGAGACGAAGCAGCAGGACUUUGACAUCUGGGGAGUGAGGUGUCUGAGUGCCUGCUUGCUGUGCCCCCGGGUUAUGACGACCCCCAAUAAAGGAAACAAGGCCUUGAAGGUGAAGCGGGAGCCGGGGGAGAAUGGCACCAGCCUGACUGACGAGGAGCUGGUGACCAUGUCGGUGCGGGAGCUGAACCAGCACCUGCGGGGCCUGUCCAAGGAGGAGAUUGUGCAGCUGAAGCAGCGGCGGCGCACGCUCAAGAACCGGGGCUACGCCGCCAGCUGCCGCGUCAAGCGCGUGACGCAGAAGGAGGAGCUGGAGAAGCAGAAGGCGGAGCUGCAGCGGGAGGUGGAGAAGCUGGCCUCCGAGAACGCCAGCAUGAAGCUGGAGCUCGACGCGCUGCGCUCCAAGUACGAGGCCCUGCAGAACUUCGCCAGGACCGUGGCCCGCAGCCCCGUGGCGCCGGCCCGGGGCCCCCUCGCUGCCGGCUUGGGGCCCCUCGUCCCUGGCAAGGUGGCUGCCACCAGCGUCAUCACGAUAGUAAAGUCCAAGACGGACGCCCGGUCGUAGGGACGUGCGCUUGCCCGGGCGGGUCUGCAAGGGGCCAUUAGGCGCAUGGCGAGUUUGGCAGCCCUAUCCCCUUCUUUCUCCUCUCCUCUUCUUCCUCUCCUGCCUCCUCCCUUCCCUGCAAAGCACAACCUGCACCCCAGGGGCGCCGGGCUGAGCCCCUUUGAUCUCGUCGUUGUCAUCAUGUGUUUUGUACGUUGGGAUUGGUCAGUUCGGCGGUGACGUGGGGUUGCCCCAGUCCCCUUUGUACCAAGGCCGUGCAGGCCUGGAAUCCAGAGUUGACCCUGUGGGAACAGAGAAAGAUCGAAUGAGCACUCUGGGGCUCGUGUGUUUGAGCAGGGAGGGCUCCAGGGCAGGAGGGGCUGCUGUGCACUCCUGGGUGGCCCACAGGCCCUGACAGCUGCUAGCUGGCAGGGGUUUGUGAUUCACCCUCAGUGCGGCCAACUGGCAUCGAUGGGCUCUGCUGCUAUGCGUAGGGUGUCCUCGAGGGCCCUGGGUGGGCGGGCCACCAGCCUGGGCGCUACAGGCGCUGGGAGGGAUGGGGCAUUCCGUGGCUUUGGGCCAGGGGCCAUGGCGCUCUAGCCUGACGCAUUGCACUGAACAAGACCAAAUCACUGGUUGUGAGCAUACGUGAAGGGUGUGUCCAGUGUCCUGCGAUGGGUCCCGUGUCACUGUUUACAUGACCUAUUUGUGUGGUUACAUAGCCCUUUAUUUAAAAGAGAGGAGUUCCUUUUACGAAGUUAUUAAAUUAUAUGUUUAAAAGCUAAAGAAAAAAGCUGCAGAGUAUUUAUAAAACUGUCUUUUUAAAAAAAAAAAACAAGCGAACAUUUGACCGUAUAUAUGGACAAGGAAGGAAAGUAUAAUAGAAACUUUGCUAGUUUAACAAAAGAAAAAAGCAAACAAAAAAAAAAAUCCCUUUCUUGUAAACUUAUGGACAAGUCUUUGUGGCUGUUGGAGUUUAGUUUUUAUAUACACAGAGUUAUCAGACGUUAUUUAUAAAACUUAGUUUUAAAAAAGACAAAAAAAAAAAAAAGCCAAGCCGUGAGCGACCACAAGGCGCGUCCUGGCGUCCUCUUUGCUAUCUCUUUUGCAAUUGUACCGAAAGUGACUUACUCCUUUGCCCUUCCUGCUUCCGUCUCUUGCCGGUGCCGUGGUGUUGUCUGUGCCUGGUGAGGUCUUGUGCAGCGUCACGUGCUGGUGCUUCUGGUGACCUUUGACCUGUGGGUGUCACUUCUUGUGUCUGUUAAUCCCGUGUUUGUUUUUUGGAUUUGGUUGUGUUUUUGCUUCUGCUGGCUUGCUGGGCCUGGACUGGGGCACAGGGCAGCCCCUGCUUGGGGAUCUGCGUAUCAGCCCAGCUCCUUCUGCCUCGAUGCCUGACCCAGGACCCCAGAGGAUCAGAUACGGGGCUCUGCCGCUCUCACCUCUGCACAGCCUUGGCUUCGCAUGUCUGUGUUAGGCUUGGGCUGAUCCGGUGGCAGGGUAGGUGAAAUGAGGGGCCAUCCCAGAGCAUCCCACCCCCCGCUUCCACGCCCACUGCCUCUGGCCAUGGCCGGCGGAUUGGAUUUGCAGGAACCACGGAGUCACUAGGUGCCCCCAGGUGUCUUCCUUUUGGCCUCUAGUCAACACGUGUGGGCUGUGGCCUCCGACCCCAGCUUUGUUCCUGUAGGCUUCAUGUGAGCCUCAUCAGGGGAACCCCAGGGCCCACGGAGAUUCCAGGCCUGCUGCCUCUGUAUCCCAGCAGUGCUUCCAUGCUGUGAAGGAAUGCUUCCCAGGCAAAGCCAGGUGGUCUUGGGGCUCAUCUGGGGUGGCCCCUUCUAACCCUGCCUGAGGGCCGGGGUGGGGGGUCUCCCCCAGUGCCAGACAAGGGCUAGAGUCUGCAGGGCCAGGUCCUGUCCCUCACCUUGCCCCGAACAUGCUCCAGCGCUUGGCUUUGGGCCUUCCUUUGCCUCCCUUUGGGAUCUGUGUCUUCCAGGGAUGCGGUGCUCAGCUCAUGGAGGUGCUUCUCUCUGGGGCUGAGCCCGCCUCCCCAUGGCCCCUCAGGCGAGGCAGCUAGUCUUCCAGACUUGGCCCCAGAAGCUCCUCCUAUGCAUGGGACAGGAGCUGCCUGCGGUGCCGGCCCUCAAGAGGCCACUGCCCUGUGUCUGGCCACAUGGGCCUCGGCUUCUCCUGGAGGUCGCUGGUUGGCUUCUCUGGGGGCCCCGAACCCCUGUAAAGCACAGAUGUGUGGGCUGGGGAAGAGAAACUCAGUGCGGCCUGGCAGGGUAUAACUUCAUGGGCAGCGGGGUUUUCAUCCCCAAGUCUGACCCAGGGGCCCGUGGGAUAGGAGCAGGGACAUGCUGUCAAUUUCUGUCGUGUUGAUGGGCUUCUCUUGGCUCUAGAUGCCCCAUCAUUCCUGGUUGUACCUGGUCGGCCUGCAGUGGAGAUUUUGACCGUUGAUACUGAGUACUUAGUGGCUUCCUGCCCCUCCCUGCCGUGUAGCUUUGUUUACCUAGGGUCUAGACGAAAGCUGUCGAUGCUAGUUGUAGCAGCAGUGAGCUGGAAUCGCAUCGUAAGAAUCCCUCCCUGAAGAGGGGGAGAAGCCCAUGCCCUCCAUAUCCAUUUACGGUCCCCACUUUGGUGCUGGCUGGGAGGUAGUCGGCCAUCUGCCAGGCUGGAGACCUGGAGAGCAGAGGAAGGAGGCAGGUUUGGAAAGUGAGAGGCAAGUUGGAGGGUGGGCACAGGUAGAAGAGAAAUCGCAGGUCUGGUGUAGAAUAGAAAGAGCUCCGGAGUUAGUGAGGCCGUGCUUCCUUGCACGGUGUUUGGAUUUGGAGCAACUGUUCCUCGGGUCUGGGAGAGCAUCCCGUUCCCAUCAAGCCGGCCCCAUGGGGCCACUCUGCACUCUGCCCCUUUCCCCCUUCACCUUGGUUUCUUGACAGUAGAGCCUGUGUCCACACGUGACUGGUUUGGUGUCUUUCUGAUUCUUGUUAAUUCAGUUUUCCUACUGUGAGGGUGUGGUGUUCUUUUUCUCCUCGACUUUUCUGACACAGUGAAUCGAGGGCUUUGGCGGAAGCCAAGUCUCCCAAACUUGUCCGCUAAGUAAACCAUGAUGUGCACCUUCCUUCCCAUCUUGCCCUUGCCCACACUCCUCCCUUAUCCCAACACGGGCACUCAGAUUUUAGAGGAGAACCCUGUGGGAACAGGUCAGCUCCUGCCCUGAGUGUGACCCCAGAGAGACCUCCCCAUGGCCCUGGCUGCUGCUCUGGGUGGCACUGCUGUUUGUACAGGUGAGAAGACACGGCUGUUUAGCCGUGUGAUGUGCUGGUUUCUGCUGGAUGCCAGGUCUCCCCUGGAGGCUCUUCUGCUCUUGGUCCACGCUUCAGGUCUGUGUGCGCAACUCUGACCGUCAGUAGCAGGCUUUGUGAUUGGUGCCUGAGCCCAUGGCUCUGAUCGGCUACAGCCUGCUUUGGGAAGGUGGUCAAGCCCCCUCCUGUCCCUGUUGCCUCCCUCUGAGGUGGCCAGUUGGCUAAAGCUCCCGUCCACAGCUGGGAAGCCCAAGCCACAGCCUGCAGCACCAUUUCCGCUCUGGGAUCUUGUAAGUUACUUUUUUAGGCUGUGGUUUGGUGAAAGGAACCAACACAGUAACGAUUUUUUUCCCCCAGAAGCCACUGAAUAAUUCUUUUUGGCGCGUUAUUGCCUUCCUGUUGGCUGUCUAGUUUUGCAGCAGGUGGGGAAAAGUGGAGGACACACAGGGGCAGGGGUAUGGCCUGUCCUACUUCAGGCCUGUGUGUUUGAGCGUGUGCUGUACCUUUGGGCCAGUCACGCACAUUUCUGCCCCACGCAGGAGCAGCAGCCCUGGUGCGUGGGUGUCUGGCGAGCCUGAGCUGGAGUGUAGGAGAGUGUGCCCCCAAUGAACUGCGAGGGGACAGCCCCUCCAGCAACCUUGUGUCCCAGCCCCUCCCUUCUCCCCAUCCCCUCACUUUGCUACUCCCUGAAGCCUUUAACCAAACGGGAGUGGGUACAGAAAGCCUUCUCCUGGCAUCUUAGGGCAACAGGACAAGGGCUGCCCAGUGUGUCCAGCUCUGGUGCUCUCCUGGCGCUGAGAGGCUGGGUCCAAGCAGAGUUGAUCAGACCCUGCCUGUCCUGCCUAGGGCUGAAACCAGGGGGGCCGGGGAGGUUCCCUGGGACCUGCCAGGGCUGGCAGGGGUGGUUGAAGAUCCAGGUGAGGACGGGCCUCCCUGGGGCGGGCCUCGGCCUCAGUGCCCACCCUGCCCUGUGCAGUAUUUAUUGCUAAAUUAUUGUCCAGGGGGGGCGGCACUGGGCCGGACCCCGGGUAUUUAUUGCUGUACAUAGUGUAUGUUUGUGAUAUAUAAGGUUUUCUUUAUUUUGUAUAUGAUCAAUAAACACCUUUUAAAGAGA